CAGCUCCUGGGCUGGUCUGCGGCCGCCGCCGUAGCUCCUGCCGCGAGGGCAGAAUGGCGGGCGCGGAGUUGCGGGCAGCGCUGGAGCAGCAGCUCAGCGCCCUGGCCAUCCGCACGGAGGUCGUGGAGCACCCGGAGGUGUUUACGGUUGAAGAAAUGAUGCCUCAUAUCCAACAUUUGAAAGGAGCACACAGUAAGAACUUAUUUCUUAAAGACAAAAAGAAAAAAGGCUAUUGGCUGGUGACCGUUCUUCAUGACAGACAAAUUAAUUUAAAUGAUCUUGCCAAGCAGUUAGGUGUUGGGAGUGGAAAUCUGCGGUUUGCUGGUGAAACAGCCAUGCUGGAAAAACUGAAAGUUGGCCAAGGCUGUGCCACACCAUUGGCACUCUUCUGUGAUGAUGGAGAUGUGAAAUUUGUUCUGGAUUCUGCUUUUUUGGAAGGUGGACAUGAAAAGGUGUACUUUCAUCCAAUGACCAAUGCUGCAACCAUGGGAUUGAGCCCUGAAGACUUUCUCACAUUUGUGAAGAAGACAGGACAUGAUCCCAUAAUACUAAAUUUUGAUAAAAACUAAUUGGGCUAAUGUUUGUAGAAUACAUUUAUUUCUGAAAGCUGUUUUCCUUACCUGUAAUUAUAAAAAGCAUUAAAAGUGGUAAGAUAUAUAUAGCACCUUGGUUUGGUGACUACCUAAACUAUUUGAGGAGGAAUAUUUCAUCUUAAAGGAGCUGUUUUUAAAAAAGAUAUACUGAGGUAGUUUUAGCUCAGAGAUUCCACCUUCCCCAUCCCCCAUGACAAUUACUUGUUACAGGAAUGCCUUCAAUAAUUGAGAAUAAAUUAACAUUGGGAGUUCCCAGGUGACCUAGUGGUUAGGAUUCCAGGCUUUCACUGCCAUGGCCCAGGGUCAAUCCCUGGUCAGGGGAACUGAGAUCCUGUAAGCCAUGUGGCAGCCAAAUCAAUUAAUUAAUUUUUUAAUUAACAUCAAAACUAAGAUUAGUUAACUACCUAAGAUUAACUAUCUUACAUCUUCUGUAAGGUGUUUACUGUACUUGAAAAAAGCAAGUUGCAGAAAAACAGCAUAUAUAACAUUAUACAUAUGGUAGUGUACAUAAAGAGAAAAAAAGGAAUAUGGGACUAUAUUAAAUUGUUAAUAGUGGUUAUCUUUGGGGAAUGAGGAUUAGGAAUAAGAAUUUUCCCAGCAAUAUAAUUAAACAUGGGGGCAAGGGCAAAACCUUCCUAUUACUGGCUGUUUGUUUUUAAAGCAAUGUUUUUUUUUUUAGUGAAAAGCUGAUUUUUAAAUAAAAUUCUAUCUUUAGAAAAUUUUAAUCUAGGAAAACACUCAAAGUAGGGAUGGAAAAUGUUAUGUCAUAAUCUUUCCACUGAUGAAAUUAUAUUUUAAAACUCAGGAGCAGAAUAUACAUAGGUCAUUAGAAGGAUUUGCUUAGUCUUUGUUGAGAGGUUAGAAAUGUGAACAUACCUGAACGAAUUUCUUCUGUCUUUAACAAUUUACUCAUCCCCUUUCAACUAUGGCAUCUGAAACGUUACUGUCAGUUGUCAUAUAGAAUCUAGUUCAAAAAUAGAGUGAGGAAAAUUGAUGUAUUUUUUCACCUCACUUGGAUUCAAACAAAACCCUAGUUGAGGGUCUGACUAGACCAGGCUACAAAAUAGCUUAGAGGUCUUAGGAAAAUUCUCGUUUCCUCUACUACUUCUUUCCUCUACUACAAUCAAAUGGGAUAUUUGAGAAAUAACCAUAUUUUGCUAUGGUUGAACACUCAAAAAAAUUAUUUGCUUUUGGUAGAGAAAUUGUACUUAAUUUGUACCAAUUUGCAUUACUGAAAGGCAAAAGUAAAAACUUGUCAUUUCUGGAUAUAUGUGGUUAGAAACUACAAGUCUAGUCAAGGCAGAAUUUUUAUAAGAUACAGAAUGGAUUUAAGAGAUGAGUUAGUAAGAAAUAUUUUCCAUAAAUGAUAACUUUAUUUCUGAGGUGCUAUGUUAGUUUUUGCCUAUUCUGUACCUUUAUCUCUAAGAAAGAGGAAACUUUAGGUUGCUUUGCAUAUAAAAUUAAGGUUUUUUUUUUUUAAUGAAUAGAAUCAAAGACACUGAGGACUGUAGACAACUGGUCUACCUGUCCUCCAUGAUGAAAACAGGCCCAGAAAGACUGACCUGCCCAAGGACAACAGGCAGGUUGCCAUCUCUAACAUUAUGCCUCCCAUAGUCUUUAUGUGAAAAUGAGACUGUUUUGUACAAUUUAUUAUUGUAUUUAAACCUAUUUUGAGGUUAAACCUAUUUGACAAAACUGAUAGACUCUCCUUUCUCCCAAACCUAUGUCUGAAAAUAGGUUUUUCUAGGGCAAAGGGAAAGGAAAGAAUAACACUUGGCUAAAUUAUAUGUUACAAUUGCUAACCACCGGUUAUAAAAAUCACCUCUUUGUUUUAUUUCUUUUUAUAUCAGUUUAACAAGUGAAUGUUAAACCAACUUAAUUUUUUUAGGAAACAAAAUUAAAAACUAAAAUGAAAAAUAAUGAAUUUUUUAAAAAAAGAUGAAUCGGCCAAAUGAUAUCUGUUUUGUAAUGAACUGGAUUUUUUGUUACGGACUGUGGCUUAUAUUAGGUAUAACCAAGUAAUAAACAUUUUGCCAUUCAACUCCACAUUUCUCAGUAGCAUUACUUUUAAAGGAAAUGUUACAGCUUUUAUAUUAUUUGAUUUGGUAU